CUUUUAUUUUGACAUUUCGAUGCAUCGGGAAUCAUCAGAAGUGAUUUCCUUACUCGAACUAUUUGCUUGAUAAAACCAUUAUUAAUCAGCACGUCGGUAACUCUUCCUUUAAAACUCCCCAACCCAAGCGCAUCAUCGUCGCAACCAUGGACGCACAUCGCGAAGCAAUCCAAAAGCAAAUCCACCAGGACUGGGCCAAUCGUGAGUACAUCGAAGUGAUCACGGCCAGCAUCAAGCGAAUCACAGAUUUCCUCAACUCGUUCGACAUGAGCUGUCGAUCGCGACUGGCAGUGCUGAAUGAGAAACUAACCACACUGGAGCGACGGAUUGACUAUCUGGAAGCUUGCGUGACCAAGGGAGAAACGUUGCAAUAGGCGGACUUGUGAUGGAUUCCGCUGCGGUCUGGAUAGGUGGGAGCUAUCCGCGAGUGUAAUGGAGAUUUGCUGCGCUUUUUAUAGUGCAAUUCAACAGAACGGGAUGAAUAUGUAAGCGGAGACGGUGGAACCAACCUCUAGCGUAAGAACUCAUUUAGGUAUAGACAUUAGACUGUAUGCUUCAGUAGUGACGAAAUAUGUAGAUUUAUUUAAAUGCUAUUCGAAUAAACCGAUUUAUGGAAAAUAAGUGAAAAA